UGGACGGCGGUCUUCGAGUACGAGGCGUGCGGCGAGGACGAGCUGAGCCUGCGUCCCGGCGACGUGGUGCAGGUGCUCUCCAGGGACUCGCAGGUCUCCGGCGACGAAGGCUGGUGGACGGGCCAGAUUGACCAGCGCGUCGGCAUCUUCCCCAGCAACUACGUGACCAGCAGCGCGGGCGGCGGCAGCGGCGGCGGCCGCCGCCUCUGCCUUCAGGAAGGGAGGAGGUCGGAUCUCCAGGCCUCGUACCCUGCUAGUCCGGCCAUCCAGUUGCUGGAGAUUGACUUCUCAGAGCUUAUUCUGGAGGAAAUUAUUGGCAUAGGAGGUUUUGGGAAAGUUUACCGUGCAGUUUGGUUUGGAAAGGAAGUUGCUGUCAAGGCAGCUCGCUAUGAUCCAGAUGAAGACAUCACUGAAGCUAUUGAGAAUGUCCAUCAAGAAGCCAAGCUCUUUGCUAUGCUAAAACAUCCCAACAUAAUUGCCCUUAAAGGUGUAUGUUUAAAGGAACCAAACCUUUGCCUGAUAAUGGAGUUUGCCCGUGGAGGCUCAUUAAAUAGAGUGCUUUCUGGUAAAAGGAUUCCACCAGACAUUCUGGUGAACUGGGCUGUCCAGAUUGCUGAAGGAAUGAACUAUCUCCACGAGGAAGCAAUUGUUCCUAUUAUCCACCGGGAUCUGAAGUCCAGCAAUAUAUUGAUCCUUGAAAAAGUAGAAAAUGGAGACCUGAGCAACAAAAAUUUGAAGAUCACUGAUUUUGGCUUGGCCAGAGAAUGGCAUAAGACUACUAAAAUGAGUGCAGCUGGAACAUAUGCUUGGAUGGCUCCUGAAGUUAUCCGUUCCUCUAUGUUCUCUAAAGGCAGUGAUGUGUGGAGUUUUGGGGUAUUGCUUUGGGAACUAUUAACUGGGGAAGUACCAUUUCGAGGAAUUGAUGGCCUAGCAGUAGCAUACGGUGUUGCUAUGAAUAAACUUUCCCUUCCUAUUCCUUCAACAUGCCCAGAACCUUUCGCCAGACUGAUGGAAGAUUGUUGGAAUACUGAUCUUCAUUCAAGACCAUCUUUUGCAAAUAUUUUGAAUAAACUAACUAAUAUAGAAGAGUCUGGUUUCUUUGAAAUGCCAAAAGAAUCAUUUCAUUCCCUGCAAGAAGAUUGGAAAAUUGAGAUCCAGGAAAUGUUUGACCAACUCAGAGCCAAAGAAAAGGAGCUGCGGACAUGGGAAGAAGAGUUAAAACGAGCAGCAGUUCAACAGAAAAACUACGAAGAACUACUACGACAACGCGAGCAGGAGUUGGCAGAGCGAGAAAUUGAUAUUUUGGAAAGAGAGCUCAAUAUAAUCAUCCACCAGCUGUGCCAGGAAAAGCCCCGUGUAAGAAAACGCAUGGGCAAAUUCAGGAAAAAUCGGCUCAAGUUGAAAGAUGGCAAUCACAUCAGUCUUCCCUCUGAUUUCCAGCACAAAUUCACUGUGCAGGCAUCUCCAACCAUGGAUAAAAGAAAAAACUUGAUCAACAACUGUGCCAGUCCUCCUGCCAGCCCUACUAUCAUUCCUAGGCUCAGGGCCAUCCAGUUAACCCCUGGUGAAAGCAGCAAAACCUGGGGGCGCAGCUCUGUGCUCCAGAAGGAUGAGGAAGGAGGAGAAGAAGAAAAAAGAGGCCAAAAGAAAAAGGGUCGGACCUGGGGGCCAGGUACUUUUUGCAGUAAGGAGCUAACAUCAAGUGAGGAUGGCCUAAAGUCCCUGGCAGAUGGCGCUAGACAGUGGUCAUCUAGUGCUCCAAACCUUGGAAAAUUCCAGCGAACAAUAGUCCCUUUUCCCGGAUUUGCAAGCCUAGUAGAGAUGGACAACGAAGACAAUGAUUCUUUGAAUGAUACAGAGAGCAAGAUGCAGCAAUCCCCUGGAUUUAACCAAGCAUACCUCUGCAUCCCAUUUCAGAAGAAUGACGACUGGGAUACCCACUCUAGUGAUCCUAAUGAAGAGACUACUCCAGUGAACUCUUCCACAAGCACUCCUCAGGUCACUCCCACCAACAGCCUCAAACGUGGGGGCUCCCAGUAUAAACAAUGUCAAUUGGCCUUUCUAGGCUGUGGGGCUGUGUUGGCUGCUGCUGGCCUUGGUUUUGAUCUUUUGGAAGCUGGCAAGUGCCAGCUGCUAACCCAGGAAGAUCAGGACAUGUCCAAGGAAGAAAAAAAGAAACGUGAAAACAUCUUCCAACGGGCUGGUCUGUCUCGGAGGAGUACAAGCCCACCUUCAAGGAAGAUCUUCAGGAAAGAGGAACCCACAUCCUUGUUAGGCGAACCAUCCAGUUCUCUGACUCUACUCUCUUUGUCUUCAAUUUCUGAAUGUAACUCCACCCGUUCUUUACUUCAUUCAGACAGUGAUGAAAUUGUGGUAUAUGAGAUGCCUGUUAGUCCUGUGACAGUGAAGGCUCCCUUGCCAGUAGUUAGUAACCCACUAGUUAAUAUCCGAGUUGAGAGAUUCAAACGGAAUCCCAACCAGUCUUUGACACCUACACAUGUGACUCUUUCCUGUGAAGCUCAGCAGCAGAAGCAUAGGCGCACUCCCUCGGAUGGUGCCAUAAAACUGGCUGAUCUCGUUCCUAAUGGAGAUUCUUCCAGUAAUUCUCCAUCAGGAGUGCUGGGAACAGGUAUAAUAAAAACACCCAGUCCAAGUCAGGGUCCAAAUGAAGUCCCUCGACUGCCAGAUCCCAACCUCAUCUUCCCUCCAACCCCCAGGCGUUAUAGUGCUCAACAGGAUUCCUUGUUGGAGAGACCCAAGACCUUGGAAUUCCUACCUAGGCCACGCCCUUCAGCUAACAGGCAGCGAGUUGAUCCCUGGUGGUUUGCAUCCCCAAGUAAGGUUAGGGGUGAAUCCUCUGCUAAUAGCUCCAGUACUGAAACUCCCAGUAACAUGGAUUCCUGCUUUGCCAGCAGUAGCAGCACAGUUGAAGAGCAGUCCGCGCUGCUUUCUUUUCAUGUCAGACUGCCUGAAGAGGAACGGACACUGCUGGACAUGGAUGUUGAAGGUCAGAAUCAGGACAGCACAGUGCCGCUUUGCAGAGCAGGACUCAGAACACGUAAAUCUACAGCAUAUGAACUCAAGCAAGAAUUUUGGUCCUAG